AAAAACAUCUUGUAUUUUAGGAUGCCCAUGAAUAUGUAAAAAUAUGGGUUCAUGGACUUGACAAUUCUUUUGUCAAAUUCAAUACUAAGAGACAUAAACCUUUAAAAAACCUCAUGAUAAGAUAUUGUGAAAUGAAACAUUUAAAUAGGGCAAAAGUAAGAUUCCUUUUUGACGGAAGAAUAAUUGUUGACGCUGAUACUCCUUCUUUUCUUGAAAUAGAAGACGAUGAUACCAUUGAAGUAUUCGGGGAGCAAACAAGCAAACCAAUACAUUACAGUCAUUAUACUGUUACAUUAGGACCGAACCGUUCCCAAGUUAAGCGAAGUCCUGCAUGAUCAUUAAGAUGUGUUUCGACUUCCUCAUCGCGGCGGAGAGAGUCGGACUGUAAGCCAGAACCGCGCUGCCACCCUGGCCUGACGAACCACCCC